AUGCUCGUUGUUGGGCCAGUCACGAGGCUGUUUCUACAGCAGACCAAGAAGAUGAUGGCGAAAAGGAGGAAAGGUGAGCAGGAGGAGAAGGAUAAGAAAGAGAAAAAAGAAAAGAAAGAGAAGAAAAAUGAGAAGAAGAAGAAGAAGAAGAAGGAGGGAAAGGAGAUAGAGAAUGAGGGGAAGAAGAAGAAGAGUCGUGGUUAA